CCGAAGUCCACAGCUCGAUGCUUCGCUGAGGCCAGAAUCGAAUCUCUCGCGUCGCCCAAGUAUGAAGCUCGCCGACUUUGUCGUCAACGGACUCAAGCCCGACCGCCUCAAGUGGCUGCGCGGCGAGAGCACGGCCAAUGGCGGCCGUCACGUCCUCUACUACAUGCAAGCGUCGUUGCGCACGCGCUACAACUACGCCCUUCACGCCGCGAUCAAGGCCGCCAACACCCUCCAGCAGCCACUGCACGUGCUCUUCACGGUCGACACGUCCGCCGAGCGCAUGUCGGAACGUCACAUGGCCUUUCUGCUCGAGAGCCUCAAGGACGUCCACGCCUCGCUCCAGUCGCAGAAAAUUCCGUUCCAUGCGGUGCACUGCGAGCGCGCCUCGAGCAUGACGCCGGUUGAAGCCAUCGCCUUUGCGAGCGCCAACGCGUCAGUCGUCGUCACCGAUCACCCGUAUCUGCGCCACGAACGGUGCCGCACGGAAGCGUUUGUGGCUGCCGUCAAGGUGCCGGUGCUGCAGGUCGAGGCCGACGUGAUGAUCCCCGUCACCACGAUCAGCAACCAUGAAGAGCACAACAACGGCACAAUCCGACCCAAGAUCAAGAAACUCAUGCCAAACUACCUCCUUCCGCUGCCGCCAUUGCGGUACCUCAAGCCGACGGUGCCCGACACUUGGUCGCCGCCGUUGACGCCGCUCGAUCUCAGCGCGUCGGUCGAGAGCCUCUUGGCGGCAGCGCCCGACGUUGAUGUGUCUGUCCCGCGCGUGUCGACGUACCUUGGUGGCGAAACGCAAGCGCAGGCAACGCUCGACGUGUUUCUUCGGGACAAGCUAUUGGACUACGAGACCGAGCGCAACAAGCCCGAUAAGGACGCGACGAGCAACCUGAGUCCGUAUUUGCGCUACGGCAACAUCUCGCCGGUCGACGUGGCCCUCCGUGUGCUCGCCACCGAGGGCCCAGAGCCGGCGAUGACGCUGUCGCGGAACCACAUGAUCGACGAGAUGGUCGUGCGGCGCGAACUCGCCGUCAACUUUGUGUGGUACAACCGACACGACUACGACUCGCUCGCGUGUUUACCGCCUGUCGCGGCCAACACACUCGCCAAGCACGCCAGCGACAAGCGCGAUUACGUCUACUCGGCCGACCAGCUCGAGCGCGCCAAGACGCAUGACGCGUACUGGAAUGCGUGCCAGCUCGAUAUGAUGGCCACGGGCAAGAUGCAAGGCUAUUUGCGCCAGUACUGGGGCAAAAAGAUCCUCGAGUGGAGUGCGACGCCGGAAGAAGGCCAUGCGUUCGCCGUCGUCCAGAACGCCAAGUACAACCUCGACGGCUACGACCCGAACGGCUACGCCGGCGUCGCCUGGUCCUUUGGGAAGCACGAUCGGGUCUUCUCUGAGCGGCCAGUAUACGGCACGGUGCGCUACAUGGGCGCGCGCCGCCUCAAUGAUAUCUUUGACAUGCCCGCGUACAUUGCGCUCGUCAAGCAGCGCUGCGCCGACGCCAAGCUCCCGCAUGUGCUUUUGCAGUCGCCGGCCAAUGCCAAGCGGUCGAGCGCCUCGAACAAAGGACCGCGCCACGACGCGCCGCCUCCGACGCCGACUGAGCACAAGAAGCGCCGGCCUCGGUCCCGCAAGAAGAAGACGCAGACGCCGCCGUCGGGCACGGCCGCAUAAGAAUACGUAAUGUCAUCUUAUAAUGGACUUUUGUGGUCCAUUGCACUCGCGAUGAUGUACCCCGGU